CACACCAUUUCCCAAUUACAAGGUUGCAACUUAAUUUUGUAGAAAAUUGAAUAAUUAUUCGUAUAUCUACUUAAAAAUGAUGAAGGUUUCGAUUCUUCUACUGCUUGGCUGGCUGGGGUCGGGUGCAUUUGCAGUUCCGGUAGGACAGCCCCUACCACCAAGCAAACCUACGAAUUACACUCUUCUUAUGGAAUAUCCUGACUUUGUAAUCCCUUCUUUUGACAUUAAAUACACGGAGGAGCAACUCAAAUCGAGAUCCGGACUCGUCGAUGAACGGUACCGAUGGCGAAAUGGAUUCAUAGUCCAUCCAAGUCGGGAUUUCACGGCGUCCGAGUACCAAGUGAUUAACGACGCCCUAUACGAACUGUGGACCCAUUUGUGCAUUCCAGUUUUGAUAUGGCCACAAAAUUCUAACCCAACUGGGGAUUAUGUCGAAAUUGUUCGUGGCGGUGUGGGCACUGGGUGUUGGUCGUACUUGGGACGAUUGGGUGGUAGGCAGAAUAUGAACCUUCAAUACAACGGGUGCAUUGUAAAAUAUAUCGUGAUCCAUGAAUCCAUUCAUGCCCUUGGAUACGACCAUGAGCAAGCUCGAACGGAUCGUGACGGGUUUGUGAACAUUCUCUGGAACAAUAUCAUUCCGUCUCAACAACAUAAUUUUAACAUUCGUCCGGGAUCGACCACUUUUGGUGUUCCGUACGAUACCAACUCAAUCAUGCAGUACGCGAGCACCUCUUUCAGCCAGAACGGACAGCCCACCAUUGUAACAAAGAGUGGUGGCCAAAUUCCAACAAAUAGAGAUCUAACUGGGAAUGAUGUUCAGAAGUUGAAAAGGAUGUAUAACUGUUAAUUAGUUAUACUGACAUUUUACAAUGUCUGAUAUGUAUUACGUUAAAUGCACUUGCUGUAACAAUCUUACACUGUAAAAUGUACGUGUGAAGGUUUUGACUAGUAUUUAACUUUUGAAUAUAAACUAAAUGUUUUUAUUUCUGGGAAAAGAACUUGCUAUUUUUGACGGGUUUAUCACAAUAAUCACAAAUGUCUAUAGUAAUUGAAGCAAUUAAAAAGCCAGGAAACAUCGAGAUAGAUAAGUAAGUUGGAAUCAAUUUAUAUGUCUUCGUAAGAAAAUGGAUAACAAGUAGUAUUUUAUACCUGCAAUUAAAAAGUUAAAUAAUUUAGUCACCCAUGCAUAAA